GCCGGAGCCCGUGACCCGGCAGAGCCCGCGGACCUGCUGUCGCCAUGCACGGCCCCGGGCCCGCCUGCUGCGCUCUGCUGCUGGUCCUGGGACUCUGCCGGGCACGCCCCCGGAACGUGCUGCUGAUCCUCGCGGACGAUGGAGGCUUUGAGAGUGGCGUGUACAACAACAGCGCCAUCGCCACCCCUCACCUGGACGCGCUGGCCCACCGCAGCCUCGUCUUCCGCAACGCCUUCACCUCGGUCAGCAGCUGCUCGCCCAGCCGCGCCAGCCUCCUCACAGGCCUGCCCCAGCACCAGAACGGCAUGUACGGCCUGCACCAGGACGUGCACCACUUCAGCUCCUUCGAGAAGGUGCGGAGCCUGCCGCUGCUGCUCAGCCAGGCCGGCGUGCGCACAGGCAUCAUCGGGAAGAAGCACGUAGGGCCGGAGACGGUGUACCCCUUUGACUUCGCGUACACAGAGGAGAAUGACUCUGUGCUCCAGGUGGGGCGGAACAUCACUAGAAUUAAGCUGCUGGUCCGCAAGUUCCUGCAGACUCAGGACGACAGGCCUUUCUUCCUCUACGUUGCCUUCCACGACCCCCACCGCUGUGGGCACUCGCAGCCCCAGUACGGAGCCUUCUGCGAGAAGUUCGGCAACGGGGAGAGCGGCAUGGGGCGCAUCCCAGACUGGACGCCCCAGACCUACGACCCUCAGGAUGUGCUGGUGCCUUACUUCGUCCCUGACACCCCAGCAGCCCGAGCUGACCUGGCUGCUCAGUACACCACCAUCGGCCGGAUGGACCAAGGGAUCGGGCUUGUGCUUGAGGAGCUGCGUGGAGCUGGCGUCCUGAACGACACCCUGGUCAUCUUCACGUCCGACAAUGGGAUCCCCUUCCCCAGCGGCAGGACCAACCUGUACUGGCCGGGCACUGCAGAGCCCUUGCUGGUGUCAUCUCCAGAGCACCGGCAGCGCUGGGGCCAGGUCAGCGAGGCCUUCGUGAGCCUCCUAGAUCUCACGCCCACCAUCUUGGACUGGUUCUCCCUCCCCUACCCCAGCUAUACCAUCUUUGGCUCCAAAACCAUCCAGCUCACAGGCCGGUCCCUCCUGCCAGCACUAGAGGCAGAGCCCCUUUGGGCCACCGUCUUUGGCAGCCAGAGCCACCACGAGGUCACCAUGUCCUACCCCAUGCGCUCAGUGCGCCACCAGAACUUCCGCCUGGUGCACAACCUGGGCUUCAGGAUGCCCUUCCCCGUGGACCAGGACCUCUACGUCUCGCCCACCUUUCAGGACCUCCUGAACCGCACCGUGGCCGGCCAGCCCACUGGCUGGUACAAGGACCUGCACCACUACUACUACCGGGAGCGCUGGGAGCUCUACGAUGACAGCCACCACCCCCGCGAGACCCAGAACCUGGCUGCCGACCCGCGCUUCGCCCAGGUCCUGGAGCUGCUGAAGGCCCACCUGACCAAGUGGCAGUGGGAGACCCAGGACCCCUGGGUGUGUGCCCCCGACGGGGUCCUGGAGGAGAAGCUUUCCCCGCCGUGCCGGCCCCUCCACAACGAGCUGUGACGUCCCCAGCGCGCACACCGCCCCCUCCUGGACGCGGAGGGAAGAGCAGCCCGCUCCCAGCACUCCUCUCCUGAAGGGGAGACCCCGUGGGGACACGGCUGUCCUGUGUCUGAGUCGUGCCCUGGCACAGGAACUGCUGGGGGCCGCCUGGGACAGGGCGAGAUCCCCAGCCCAUGCUUUCAGGGUGGACUUGGGGAUCCAAGAUAAAGGGGCAGAGUGGGGACCCUAUUUAGUGCUUGGCACCAGGUGUGUUUCUGACCCCUUCACUGGAGGGAGCCGGACAUCUGGCCUUGUCCACCUGACUCUCGAGGAGGCCUUGACCGCCCCUCCAUGGCCUCCCUGCCAUUCUCUGCCCACAGUCCCGGAUCUGCCCCAGGGGGUUCCCACUGAUUCUUAACAGAGACAGGUUUCGUCCUGGGGCCUUGCUGGGCAGAGAGUGCCUAGGAGGAGGUAUGAAAGGGCGCCCUCUGGCUUGGGAUGCUUCUUGUGUGACACCAGGGUCUGGCUCCGUCCCCAUCCUGCCUCUGCCUGCCCAGAAACUCAGCCUUGAGAAACUCGGAAGAGGGCCUCUCCCUCUAUCUAGAGGGGUUCCGUUCCUCCAGUCCACUCCCCGUGGGGCUGGAGGGGAGGAUACCACGGCCUGAGCGCUGCAGAAGCUUUGUGUUUUGGUAAAAUAUGUGGAAUCCACUUUCUGGGCUCAUCUAUGAUAAUAGCAA